AUGGUCAAGCUCACCGAAGUCGAGGACGAGCACUUCGCCCAGGAGAAGCCUCAGCCCAGCAAGCACAACGUCCUUCUUGCCUCGGAUGACGAAGGCGAGGACGAUGACUACACUGACACCGAGUCCGAGAUUUCCACCGAUUCCUACGAAGAGCUCGAGACUGAGACCCUCUACGACCGCAUCUACGCCCUGAAGGAUAUGGUGCCCCCCUCCGCCCGCCGCUCCCUUACCUCCACCGUCAACACCGUCACCUCCUUCACAAAGUCCAGCGUGCAGUUCAGCGGCAAGGCGCUGUGGAUCAUCAGCACCAGCGCGUUCUUGUUGGGCGUUCCCUGGGCUCUGGCCUACGCUGAGGAGGAGCAGUACAUCCAGAUGGAGCGCGAGCAGGGCAUGAUCAAGGGUGCGAAUGAGAUGCUCACCCCUGGCGCUGCUCCCGCCGAGCAGCAGGCUCAGCCUACUUUGUAA